AUGAUUACGUUCUAUUUAAAUGACUUUUGGCUUAUGCGAUUUUUCGUCAUUCUUUUGAGUUAUGGAACUAUUUCUAUCCCUAUAAUUCUCGUGGUUUUUUAUGUUCGUCGAAGAGCUGCCGAAGAUGGCUUCCAGCCCACAACACUGUUUUAUUCAUUUUUACGCAGCUUUGCGCUUGGGAAACCUGAGUAUGGAUUGAUGAUUUCUGACUCCGUAAAAUUGACCUCAAUUGUUUCGCAAAAAAAUCUCCGUGAUGACUCUCUUCAUCUUAUUUUAUGUUUUUCAUGUCUUCAAUUCACUCUUAUUUUAAUGGGUUACAUACAAGAACGGAUUAUAACACAGGCUUACUUAUCAAUUGUGGAUGAUCAGCUAAACAAAUUUGAAAACACUCAGUUUCUUGUUUUCAUAAAUCGUGUUUUUGCCGUUAUCCUAUGUGCAGUUUAUCUGAUUUCGAACUGGAAAAGAGAACCUCCUCAUGUUCCACCGUUUUAUAAACAUUCAUUUACAUCAUUUUCUAAUACGCUUUCAUCGUGGUGUCAGUAUGAAGCCCUUAAAUUCGUUUCUUUUCCAACUCAGACAGUGUGCAAAGCAUCGAAAGUGUUGCCGACAAUGUUGAUGGGCUUUAUUGUCAGAGGUGAACGUUAUAAAUGUGGAGAGUGCGCUUGUACUAUUAUGCUUGCGUUUGGAGCGACGUUGUUUGUUCUAUCAAAUAGCUCUAAGGAACAUACAUCUAACGCAGUUUUAUCUUCCGAUCAUGUAAAUACUAUUUCUGGAAUUUGUUUGAUGUCCGGUUAUCUUUUAUUUGAUGCUUUCACUUUGAACUGGCAAAAAAAACUCUUUGAUGCUCGGCCACGAGUUUCCAGAUACCAGAUGAUGUUUGGUGUGAAUGUGUUCAGCAUGAUAUUGUGCUCUGUAACACUUAUCCAGGAAGGAACGUUUCUGUCGUCAUUCCAUUUUCUAAUAACUCAUAAAGGAUUUGCCCGAGAUAUAUUUUUGUUGUCUUUAUCGGGUGCUCUAGGACAGAUUGUAAUUUACACAACUAUUGAACGAUUUGGGCCUGUGAUAUUUGCGGUGAUGAUGACACUGCGGCAGAUACUUUCUAUAUUACUUUCAGUAGUAGCUUACGAUCACCCAAUGUCUGUUUGGUCUAUUUUUAGCUUAUUAAUAACAUUUAUUGCUAUUUUUGGCACUAUUUAUGCUCGCCGUCAUCAUACUUUACAGAGCAAACAUUAG